GCUGAGAGUGGGACUACGAGCCGAUCUGUGGCCCAUUAUUGAAUCUACACUACAACAUACCAACUUCAACCCCACGUCAAUCACUACCAAUCCCUUUACAACGGCCAAAAUGAGCGCUCAACAAUUGUCCAUCGAUAACGCCGACCUCGAGAAGCUCAACGACAAGGAUCGCCUCGAGCUUCGCCAGUUCCUCGCCAACGAGCAGCAGCGCUCCCAGAUCCAAGCCCAAACACAUAGCUUGACCCAAAUGUGCUGGACCAAGUGCGUUCCUGGAAACAUCAAGAACCCCAAGCUCGACAAGUCCGAGGAGACAUGUCUCGCCAACUGCGUCGAGCGAUUUCUUGACGUCAACUACCUUACGAUGAAGCACCUCAACGGCAUGCGCAACUAAGAAGCUGAUUUCAGCAUGGAAGAAGGUUAUUUCAACUAUGUAUUACGAGAUUUUUUGUAUGAAUAGACGGGCCAUGGUCAUAGUGGAAUAUCCAGGCUGUGACCAGGACGGACGACUGGGGCUCUUUUGGUCAGAGACUGGCAAUUGGGCUAUGUACAUUAUGAACGAUUUAAAAAAAAGUUCUCAACCUUGAUUGUUGGGGAAAGGUUCAUCUAAAAUCGUCAUGGCUUGACUUGACUUAACUGGCACAUUGUUCAUGGUAUGUCACCAAAUCUAUUAGCCGUAAUUUCUACCAAUUAUUCCCCAAAACUUGUUGGAAACAAACAAUGCAAGAAUACUUGCGACCCGUAACUACAAAUCACAUUCACGUAUUGUCACUCAAAUCAUAUCAAGGCAGCAUCUUAGACGACUAAGCGGAGCC